CUAAUUUGAAGAGAAUGGAGAAGGCAACAUUAAUCCAAAAGGUUUUCUUCGUUUCCUUUUUGGUUAUUUUGUUAGGACAAACAAUCAACGGAGUUACUUGGUGCAACGACAGUGACAUUUGCAUAAAAAAUUUAAAAUGCAAUGAAGGACAUCCAGUAUGUUACUACAUAUCAAACAUGUGUUAUUGCAGACUUCCUCAUGAUACUAAACCUUUUAGGUGCAGAACCACUGCAGAUUGUGCUAGACAAUUGAAUUGUUUGAAGGGAGUACCUGCAUGUUUUGCAAGUACAAAAAACUGUUACUGUAAACUUCCAAAUAGUAAACCAAAUUAUAAUGAAUCUAUGUGUAAAAACGAUCCCGAUUGCGCUGUUCUAUUGAAAUGUUUGAAUCCUGCUCAAAAUCCUACAUGUUACUUGAAAACAAGUAAGUGUUAUUGCAAAUCUCCUUCACGUCCACCAGUUGGAGCUCCACUUGCAGUUAAGGCAAACGAACAACCUAAUGAUUUGUAA